UUAGUUUGUCGAACUAUGCAACAAAAAUUACUUACAAGUAAUAAUGUACAUCUACUAAUUCGUGGACUAGUUUUUGAAAUCCAAAUGACAAUUGUUCAUUAAAUUUUGAAAAUGUGUAGUAACGUAUAAUAAUAUGAUAUGAAUAAAAAAGAAUGACAUAAAUUUAUUACCGAAAUCGAUUCCGACAUAAUAAUAUUAAACAAUCCCCAAAUCUUGUUUGAAAACAAUCAAAUUUAAAUGUCAGUUUAAAGUUUUGAGAUUGAUCUUAAAAUACUAAAUGUUCCUUGAUGAAACGUUCAGUAGCACUAGACAGUUAAAAAACGGUUUAAAGGAAAGGGAUGUUAAACAUGUAAAACUAGAUGAUUUGAAACGUUUAUUUGAAGUUUUUGAAUUUCGAGAACAAAUUGGCCAUGGCACUUUUGGGAUAGUAGUUCAAGCUAUAGAUAAAUUAACAACUAAAGAAUAUGCCAUUAAAAUUGUUAGCAAAUACUAUUCAGGAACUGUGUGUCUACAAGAAGUUUACAGAGAAAUAAAGAUAUUGAAAUCAGUUUUUCACGAAAAUAUUAUUUUGUUGGAUAGAGUUUAUGAAACUUCAAAAAAAAUCUAUAUGGUAUUUGAAUUAUGUCGCGAAACUUUAUUAAACAAGUUUAAAAGUUCAUGUCCUCUUUCCGAAAAAACUAUUAAGAAAAUAGCCAAACAACUUAUUAGUGCUGUUAGAUAUUUACAUAAGAAUGAUAUCGUUCACAGAGAUAUUAAAAUGGAAAAUAUACUAUUGGCAACUAAUCCAGAUGACGAAUCUGACGAAUAUUUUAUAAAAUUAACAGAUUUUGGUUUAAGUGUAAUCAAAGUCGGAUCUGGCAUUAGGGGUAUGUUGAGAGAUAGAGUUGGUACAAUUUUAUAUAUGGCGCCAGAAAUAUUAUUGGAUCGCACCUACAGUGAAUUGUGCGAUUUGUGGUCGAUAGGUGUCAUAUUGUAUCUGCUUGUAUUCGAAAAGUACCCGUUUUCAUCUUCAAAUGAAAAAGAAUUAAUGAGAAAAAUAUGCGAAACCGAACCAGAUUAUGUUAUAAAAGAUAUCAAUAACGAUUGUAUAGAUCUCUUAAAAUCGAUAUUAAAAAAAGAUCCGGCCGAAAGGAUAACAGCUAUGGAAAUGUCGAAACACCCUUGGUUGGAAAAUAGGGUAACUAGAAGAAAAGAUCAAACUGUUAUUGAUUACAUGAAACAAUGGAAACGUGAAAUGUUGACAGUGUCCUCAAGUUAUUUUGACGUAACGGGAAUUAUACCCAUAGUAAAUGACGAUUUGCUAACUUCCUCUAGGACAGACUACAAUACAGCUCAAUUAUCUAAUAGACCGGUUUAAUUGUUCCUAAUAUUCCAACGAUGAAUUUUGUACAAAAUUGAAUUUUUGAAUAAAUGAGAAAUAUUACAAAAUUA